AUGCCCAGGAAGAAUAAGAGACCUGUCUUUGGUGAGGACGACAGUGAGAGCGAAAGUACUGGUGAUGGCUUUAAAGCAUAUCUAAGUAAGAAGUCGUUGCAGUCGAGCAAGAGGGCCAAGAGCCCGCAGGCCCUAGCCGUAGCAAAGAGCAGUCUUGAUGAGGACGAAUCGAAAGGUCUCAAGCGACCUCAAGAGACGGAACAAAGAUCUAGUUUUAUGGAGGGGCUUUUGAAGGCCAAAAGACAGCGUGAGAUGGAUAGGCUGCAUUCGCAGGCCAUUCGAAACACGUUUGAGAACGAGUUGCAGAAGAAGAACGAUAGUCCAGAUCAAAGUUUCAUUACUGAAGGAUACAAAGUGAAGAGAACGGAAUAUGACCAGGCCGAGCUCCGGGCGGCGGAAGAGGAUGAGUAUCACAACGACGACAAACUCCACGGUGGAUCAUCAAGGGCGCUGGCAUUGCAAAUGCUGAUGCGUGAUGCACCUCCUGCCGAAGAUUCUGAGGCUGCACCUGAGGAGGCUUGUUCGGAGAAGAAUGUCGCCAAGGUGCCACCUAUAUUCGAGAACGAUAUAUAUCAUUCCGAACCAUCCAAGAUGAGAAGAUCAGUAGUGGAGGCGAAUCACUCGGUAGAAAGCUUGAUAAAACUGCGACCCGAGGAGAAACAAUCAUGCAUUCGCGAGUUCCUUCGAUCAACGAAGUCCAUGCAGGAAAUUAAACUGCACAUUGAAAAGUAUUAUGAACGACAGUCUGUCCGGAAACGAUAA